AUGGAUGAAAAGAAGGAUGCUCCGGAUGGAUUCGGCAAGCUCAAGUGGCAGGAGGAAAAGCAGCCAAGGACGAGACCAGGACGCUUUUCCCAGGAACGGUUGGAGAGGAAAAGCCGCCGGGAGGAGGAACUACGGCGCAGAAUGGCCUCGACGGUUGUAAGCUCAGCUGAUGCUGAAGCAUUCUCAAAGUUUGCCAAAGCGACGGACGAAGAGAAGGAGCAGUACGGCGACACGCUCGCGUCGUUUUUUGCUUGGAUGAUGGCCGGCAGCACGAGCAAGUCCGCUGCGAAUUACAUGUUGCAGGUCAAGAUGCUCAUGGAGCGCUUCCAGCUGGGCCUGCAAGCCUUGGCAUCCCAGGAGCUCCUGGAUCUCGUGAAGAAGACCAAGGAAAACCAGAAGCGGAACAACAUUGUCGGUGCUGGCCUGAAAAAGUUCCAAGACUUCGUGGCGAGUCGCGGCGGCCUCUCCAUGCCAUGGGAGGUGGGGUUCGUCCGAGGGCAUCCGUUUGUCGUCAGACGCCGAAGCGGCCAGCCUUGA